AUGACUGCUAUAAUACGCUUUCCUGAGUGGAUAUUCCACCUGUCCUCUCGAAACUGUCUCACGUCCCCAGAAUGCGAUAUAGCUGACAUAGGAUUGCAUUCCUCUGAUAAAUUUUACAGUGAGAUUCCGACUCUAUCUAGAGAACUGGUUAUAUCCUCUGCGCCUAGGGGUCCCAAUGCAGAACAACGGAAAGUGGAGUUUCUGGCCACUGCCCUGCCCAAAGCUGCUAGUGCAUUCACAGCCAAACAUACUCCCCUCAAGUCAAUCGUAUAUUCUAGCGUGCAGAAAGAAGACAGACCGACAGGAAAUCAAGCUGUGGAAGAUUUCAUCAAACGAGAAUUUCCGGACAAGAUACAUCGAGACUAUGACAUCAUUGAGCUCUUCAAAAUUAUCUGGGACGUCGACUUCAAUAAUCUGCCCUUGCGCACGCCAAGAUCAAAACUCCAUCUAAACAAAGAUCUCGUAACCAGGUAUGAAAGAGCGAAAGAACUUGAAUGCUAUCCGCUUCUUCUCUCCCUCUUCAAUGACCUCCUCCUGCAAUUAUACGGAAAACGAGACUCGAACAAGCCGAGGUGGACGACCACGAUACCAUAUCCAGCCACUCUGCGGACAUUCAACACGCAAUUCAGCGCUCUUCGAGAGAAGAUCGUGGGCGGAAACUAUACGCAAAUAAAGCCUGACAUGUGUCUCAGCACAGUUACAGACCGAGUCAUCCAACAUUGGGAGUGGUUUCUUGCGUACGUGGAAGUCAAAAGAAGUUAUGGGAAAGCCCCUGUUCAACACUCGAGGCGGUUCUCAGUCUUUAGGUUUAUGAGUGGAAUCUCGAAGGGCAACACGGUAAACAAGAAAAGGAAGCAGCUGGAUGACCCACAAACAUCUUCGACAGGGUCAAAGCGUAGUCGAUCAUUUGCAGGUACAGCCUCUUCAAGUUCACGAACAUGCGGUGCUGGCGCAACCCAGGCUUCUCACGCGGGCCCCUCUAACAAUCCCGGUAAUGCAUGUAAGACAGAGGGGGCGCCACCAGGUCAGGCAAUCGACGUUCCACGACCUUUGACAGGACAUGAGGUGCAAUCAGCAAAGUAUAUUAAUGAGCUCAUGUCCCAUGGAAUCCGCUCAUAUGGGAUAGGUUUGAUUGUUGAGGACCUCAAGGUUAAAUUAUGGUAUGCUGAUCGAAUGGGCGUGGUUGUUUCCGCUCCAUUCGAGUCCCACCUCCAGCCGGAAAAACUACUUUUGUUGCUCGCGGCAAUGGCAGGUGCUAGUCCGCACAAGAUGGGGAUAUUUUCUUUCUUGCAGUUCCGAGAAUCGUCCUCCACGUUCAGCAAUUAUGACGGCGUCAAGUUCAUUCUAGAUGCCAGGCGACCUGAGGAUGAUAACGACAAGCCACUGCAUCACCUUGAGUUCGAUGUCAAGGCCAAUGCCAAGCUUCCCAUCUAUACGGAGUUUGGCACUGUUGGACGUGGGACAACAGUGGUCCCAAUUAAGGCGACAGCAGAGUCCUCAAACCUAGUCGAGACGGACGAUCUCGUAGCAAAAGUUGCAUGGCCACCGAAAGCCCGCGAUGCGGAAGACGUAUUCGUGGUGACUAUCCGCAAGAGUUUGGCAAAUAAGAAGAAACAGGUUUUGAAGCAUGUUACUGAUCUGAGAGCGUUCGUCACUCGCACGAUUGAUGAAAUGAAUCUUCCGAGGGCUCGGAUGAACGUAUAUGCUUGUGAGGAGCGCGUGUGCCGUGUUCUUAUCCUCAAACGCUACGAGAAGCUACAGAUGGUAGAGAGCGUGGAGGAGUUCAAAAUUGUCUUCACCGACGUGGUCAGAGCUCAUCAUUGGGUCUGGAUAAUAUCGGAAAUUUUGCAUCGCGACAUCAGCACAAAUAACGUCAUGUUCUACCGCGAAGGCAGUCGCAUUGUCGGAGUCCUAUGUGAUUGGGACCUCGCGAAAAGAAGAGAUAUUGAGCAGGAAAAUCUGGAUGAUGAUGACGAUGACAUCUUGACUGAGAUCCCCACUUCUCACCCCUCUAUGGUUUCUGGCACACCUCAAAGCCAUUUUCCCAUUCCCGAAGAGGACAAACAGAAACAAAAAGGUGCUGGUGAUGUCACACCACAAGAGGACGGUGAGAAGACCAGAGGUGUGGUUGGUCAGGACACAAUGCAGGGAGAAACCCGCCAGCUACCACGGUAUCGGACAGGAACGGGACCGUUCAUGGCACAUGAGCUACUGGCAAGCGGAAGACCACCAUAUCAUCGAUACGCACAUGAUCUUGAAUCAUUCUUUUUCGUCCUCGUAUAUGUCUGCGCUGUAUUCAAUCCCACUGCUCACAAAUUCGGACAUCUCAAGGCUUGGGAGCAUCCCGAUCUGAUGGUAAUUGGAGAGAACAAACUUCGGUUUCUCACAGAUUAUGAUACUUACGAGAAGACGAUCGCGACAACCCAUCCGGAUUACAAGGAACUCGUUGAUACAUGGGUAGAGCCUCUUCGAGGCGGCCUGUUCUUCGACGUUGGGCAACAUAAUGCCAAAAUCCGCUGGUUGCGUAACCAACGACAUCAACAGGUCCGGAAUGCUUUGCGCCUACAACGGCCCGUGAAGGUAGACUCGUUGACGACAGAGAUCGCUGCGGUUUUACGGAGCAGACGCGAGCUGGUAACGUACGAAAAGUUCAUGGAUUUGCUGAAUGAGAAAUCAGACUACGCUUGA